UUGAUACAGAGACUAUUUCCUGUAAGUGAACUCUGUGCUGAAACAGGGUUUGAUUUAACACACCGAUGUUGGAGUGAAGUAAACGUGUGUCCUGCUGUAAUCUGGAGAAGGAGACAUGACCUCCAACAUGAGUGUGUCUGAAAAACAGGACUUAAAGAGAGACGAGAGAAUGAUGGAGGGAAAGAGAUCAGACUCACCAGAACCCAGCUGUGUGUCCAUGAAGAGUGACCGGUCAAUGGAUCGUCCACUUCACUUCAGAGACGGAGCCAGUUCUCCUGAUGUGAGACCACAACAGAAGAAAUCAAACCUCAGCAGAAAUCAGUUGGACUCCAUAUUCAAGGAGCUGGAACACAAAGUCAUCACUCUGAUAAAGAAUGAGCUGAAGAGGUUUAGGAAGCUCCUGAGUCCAGAUUACCCAGCAUGCACUGAGAGGGAGGUGCAGGAUGAGGAGGAUCUGCACAGUGUCAGAGACGGAGCGCUGAAGAUCACACUGCACGUCCUGAAGAACAUGAACCACACAGAUCUCGCUAACACACUGCACAACAAACUCGUCUCUGUGUAUCAGACAAAGCUGAAAUCCAGCCUGAGAGAGAAGUUUAAAAGAAUUAAUGAAGGAAUCUCACAGCAUGGAAGCUCAGCACUUCUGAAUGAGAUCUACACAGAGCUCUACAUCACAGAGGGUUGGAGUGGAGACGUCAAUAAUGAACAUGAGGUGAGACAGAUUGAGACAGCGUCCAGGAGACCAGCAGCACAGGAGACACCCAUCAAAUGUAACGAUCUCUUUAAAGACAAGUCCAUCAGAAGUGUGCUGACUAAAGGAGUUGCUGGAAUUGGAAAAACAGUCUCUGUGCAGAAGUUCAUUCUGGACUGGGCUGAAGGAAAAGCAAAUCAGGACGUCACCUUCAUGUUUCCACUUCCCUUUAGAGAGCUGAAUCUGAUGAAGCAGAAACAUCUCAGUCUGAUGGAUCUUCUUCAUCACUUUUUCCCUGAAAUAAGAAAACUAGAAGUAAUAGACUGUGACUCCUACAAAGUGGUGUUGAUCUUUGAUGGUCUGGAUGAGUGUCGACUUCCUCUAAAUUUCCAGAAGAAUGAGAGACUGUGUGAUGUGACAGAGUCAGCCUCAGUGGAUGUGCUGCUGACGAACCUCAUCAAGGGGAAUCUGCUUCCCUCUGCUCUCCUCUGGAUAACCUCUCGACCAGGAGCAGCCAAUCAGAUCCCUCCUGAGUGUGUAGACCAGGUGACAGAGGUACGAGGGUUCAGUGAUCCUCAGAAAGAGGAGUACUUCAGGAAGAGAAUCAGUGAUCAGAGCCUGUCCAAUAAAAUCAUCUCACACAUGAAGUCUUCAAGAAGCCUCUACAUCAUGUGCCACAUCCCAGUCUUCUGCUGGAUCUCAGCCACUGUUCUAGAGAGAAUGUUGGGUGAAGCAGAGAGUGGACAGAUCCCCAAGACUCUGACUCAAAUGUUCACACACUUCCUGAUCUUGCAGAUCAAACACAAGGACCAAAAGUACCAUCAGAAAUGUGACCCUGAUCCUCAGCAGACCAGAGAGAGUAUCCUGGCACUGGGAGAACUGGCUUUCCAACAGCUGGAGAAAGGAAACCUGAUCUUCUAUGAGGAAGACCUGAGAGAGUGUGGCAUUGAUGUGAGAGAAGUGUCAGUGUACUCAGGAGUGUGUACCCAAAUCUUCAGAGAGGAGUUUGGGCUUCACCUGGGGAAGGUGUUCAGCUUUGUACAUCUGAGUGUUCAGGAGUUUCUGGCUGCUUUAUAUGCAUUUUUCUGCUUUAUUUUUAGAAAGACAAAUGUGUUAGUGGAGCAAAGCACUGGACUUUUUAAUUUCUUCAGAAAGUCAGACAUGUCUGAUCUCCUCAGGACUGCAGUGGACAAGGCCUUACAGAGUGAGAACGGACACCUGGACCUGUUCCUCCGCUUCCUUCUGGGUCUCUCACUGGAGUCCAGUCAGACUCUCUUACGAGGUUUAAUGCCACAGACAGGAAGCAGCUCUCACAGCACACAGGAAAUAGUCGAGUACAUCAAGGAGAAGAUCAGGGAGAAUCCAUCUCCAGAGAAAUCCAUCAAUCUGUUCCACUGUCUGAAUGAACUGAAUGAUCAUUCUCUAGUGCAGGAAGUACAGACUUACCUGAACAGAGGAGGUCACAGUCGUCUCAGUGGAACCAGACUCUCUCCUGCUCAGUGGUCAGCUCUGGUGUUUGUGUUACUGAACUCAGAUCAGGAGCUGGAUGAGUUUAAUUUGAGGAAAUAUGACCCAUCAGAGGAAUGUCUUCUGAAUCUGCUGCCAGUGGUCAAAGCCUCCAGAAGAGCUGAGCUGUGUGAGUGUAAACUGACAGAGGAAAGCUGUAGAGUUCUGUCCUCAGUUCUCAGAUCAAACUCCUCCAGACUGAGAGAACUGAACCUGAGUCACAAUAACCUGCAGGAUUCAGGAGUGAAGCUGCUCUCUGCUGGACUGGAGAAUCCACACUGUACACUGGAGAUACUGAGUCUGUGUUGGUGUGAUCUGACAGAGGAAAGCUGUAGAGUUCUGUCCUCAGUUCUCAGAUCAAACUCCUCCAGACUGAGAGAACUGGACCUGAGUCACAAUAACCUGCAGGAUUCAGGAGUGAAGCUGCUCUCUGCUGGACUGGAGAAUUCACACUGUACACUGGAGAUACUGAGGCUGUGUGUGUGUAAACUGACAGAGGAAAGCUGUAGAGUUCUGUCCUCAGUUCUCAGAUCAAACUCCUCCAGACUGAGAGAACUGAACCUGAGUCACAAUAACCUGCAGGAUUCAGGAGUGAAGCUGCUCUCUGCUGGACUGGAGAAUCCACACUGUACACUGGAGAUACUGAGGAUGCGUGACUGCAGGAUUACAGAUGAAGGUUGUGCUGCUCUGGCUUCUGCUCUGAGGUCAAACUCCUCAUCACGCCUGAGAGAACUGAAUCUGAACUACAAUAAUCCAGGAGAAUCAGGAGUGAAGCUGCUCUCUGAUCUACUGAAGGAUCCACACUGUAACCUGGAGACACUACACAUUAAGGGUAAUAAACCCACCAGGACCGGCAUAUGACGGGAGUCUCACCUCAAACCUCUUCUCCAGGAUAAAGCAGUCUUGGUGAAGAGUUAGAUCCCGUCCCACAUUUCCAGCAGUUUGGGAGCUGAAUCAUUAAACUUAAAGGGGCAGAGCAGAAACAAAGUCAAGAACAGGCAGAAGGUCGUACACAGGAGAAAUCAACACACGUAACCAAAUAUCUGCUGUACAAAGCAACGGCACCGAUCUGCCCCGGGGAUGGAGACUGACGAGGCUUAAGUACACGUCCGGAAAUGUACAGCCAACUCAUCCCAAAGCACGAGGCGGGAGCAGGCGUGUACGAGAUGUGAUCGUCCAAUGGCAAGCAGGAACAUGACGCAUAGCAGUGGACUGGGCUUAAAAGAGGAGGAGACGAGACACCCAUCCCUCCCCCGACAUAGGCACACGAAUGGAACAUAGUACAAACAGAAAUACAACUGAGGACGUAACAAUGGUCAAGUAUCAAAUAAAAUGUAAACUUGCAUUGAUGAAGGUAAUGUUGUUAGUAAUUGUUUAUAAAUUACCAUGGUAACACAGAGCUCCAAGGUAUAAAAAUAUGGAGUUUGUCAUCAAUCAAACAGUAACCAGUUUUAAUACCUAAAAAAGUUUACGUAGCAAAAUUUAGCAAAGCGCUUUACAGUAAAUUAAAAUGUAAAAUUAAACUAAUGAAAUGUUGUGCAGCACAUGCUUAUGUUAAUGUUUGUUACAUUAUAUGAUCAUAUAAAUAAGUAAAUACUCCCAAAGUGACCAGAAUUGAAAGCUUUGGUGCUGUUAAACAUUUAGAGAUUGAGGUUGUGGUGAGUCAGUAGUUCACUCAGUAUAUCUGGGUAAGACACAGUGAACGACUCACUGCUGGCAUUCAUGAAGAAGUCAUAAACUCCACUGGAAUAAUAAAUAGGAUCUAAUAAAACCA